CUAAAUAAGAUCACUUUAACAAUCAUGGCCUUAGUGGAGAAGAGUGCUUUAGUUACGGGAGGUGCUAGUGGUAUAGGAAAGGCAAUUUGUGAGGAAUUUCUCAAGAAUGAAAUUUCCAAUUUAGCUGUUCUCGAUCUUAGUACCAAUGAACCAGACAUUGUCCAAGAUUGGAAAAAGAAUUUCCCAAAGAGUUCAAUUAAGUAUUUUCGUGUUGAUGUAGCUUCGCAGGAGGAUUUGGAAAAGUGCUAUGAGGAUUAUACGAAUGCCAUCCCAAGCCUUGAUAUUGUUGUAAAUUGUGCUGGGAUAUUCAACGAAUAUUCCUACAGAAGAGUGGUUGAAGUGAAUCUUUGUGGGGUGAUUGGGUCAACCCUACUCGCCGUGGAACAUAUGAGGGCUGAUAAGGGAAAAGGGAAAGGUGGUGCAAUUAUCAAUAUUGCCUCAGUUGCAGGAGUUUUUCCAAUGAGCCAUGUACCCACGUAUGGUGCCACAAAGCAUGGUGUUGUCAUCUUUACACGAUCUCUAGCCCAUGGACGUGACAACAUGGGCAUAAAGUUCCUAACUCUCUGCCCAGGUGGCACACACACCCCACUUGUUGCUGAAACUUUCAUCCCCAAAUGUUUCUUUGAAAUGAAUGAGGAAACCUUUCAACGCAUUAAAGCUUCCUACAAGUAUCAAGAUGCUGACAAAGUUUCAGAUGCCCUCAUGAAAAUUCUCGAAAAAGGCAAAAGUGGAAGUGUCUGGAUUAUUGAGAAUGGACAACUAACAGAAUUCUUUGGAACAUCAAUAGCAGUUUAAUGGAAAAUUCAGUAAUGAAGUGAUGGGAUGGCGAAAAGUUAAAAAGAAUUAUUCAUUUAAUUAUAAAUUUUCCAAUAACUCCACUGAGGAACUAAAUAAGAUUCUACAUUAAACGUUCAACUAUUCUCAGACUUAGAUUUUCUGGUUUACAUAAAAAACCAUUAAUUUUACAAAUCAAGGCAAUAUUAUAGUCGAUUUUAUUAAAAAUAUUUUCUUUUCUUUUCUUACAAUUCAUCAGUUACAGGAUCUAUAAUAUUUCAUGAAAAAUCUCCUAAGAUUUUGACCUUUCCUUUCUUUCGUGUUUUUAAAGAAAAAAUAUUUUUUUAACGGUCUUGAAGAAUAUUUCUGAAUUUUUUCUAGAAUAACAAAAUCCCUUUAGCUAUUUUAUUGUACGGAAAUAGAACGAUUUAAAAAAUCAUGAAAAAUCAAAUUUUAAGUAAAGAAAAUAUUUUUGACACAAUUAAUCUCAUUUUUAUUAAUUUCAUUCAAAAUCAAAUGAAGUAUUUAACCAAAAUAAAGGCCAAGUAAUGUGAGAAAUAGUGAUAGAAGCCCAAGUUCGACCCUUAUCUGCACUCGACUUCUUCUUAUUUUAAAAUGAAUAUUUGAAUUAAGAUAGGGAAUAUUUUAUUUCAAAGCGCAAAUAACCACAUUAUUCAACAUCAGAGACUGAGUUUGAACGAUUUUUUCCCAUAAAAAAUGUUUUCAAUAAAUUGAAAAGGCAGAAAUAAAUGUAUUUUGUAAAAGUAAA